UUCAAUCGCCUCUGGGUACUUAAACCUACUAUAUCAAAAUUUGGGUAUAUUAACAGAUUGAAAAUGUUCUAGACGUUCAUUUUAUUUUUAACGUGACUGAAGUGAGUUACUAUUUACCCAUAAUUGUGAGAAUAAUUGUUCGGUAUGUUCUCGCAGAUUUCUCGUGUUGUUUUCAUUUUGAUUUUUAUCAAUGUGGCGAAUGGACUCGGCGAUUCGAAUGGAAUAGAUCUUUCGAAAUGUAGUUACUUAAAAACCAACGAUUACGCAUAUUCAUUUUAUCCGAUCCAAGAAGUAAAAAAUGGCAGUGGAAUUUUUCUGACGUUUAAAGUGAAAGCUAAACGAGACGCUCUAAUCAUCUUCUCUCCGACAAAUGAGCCAGCGAAAAAUGGUCAACAAGUUUUCGAAGUGGUUUUAGGAGGUUAUGGGAAUACACGUUCGACAAUACGAACAACUCCAAAGGGAGGCGAAGAGAUCAGCUACAAUGAGACAAAUAUAGUAUCGUCUGAAAAAUGGAAUCAUUUCUGGAUUCGAAUCAACUCAAACGGAUCAUUGAUUGAAGUCGGAAAGAACAACAGCGACGGUAGCUCCGCAAUCAUGACUUUUAAAACCAAGCCCAGGACAAUCAAGUAUUAUGGAUUUUCUAGCUGGAACUAUGAAAACGAAGUCGAGUGGGCUUUUCAGUGCAGCAAGAACGAUAAUUCAGUAGAAGAUGUUUCCAAAUGUCGAGCUGUAAACACUGACGAAUACGUAUACACGUAUUAUCCAAUCGACGACAUAAAGACUGCCACAGGGAUCUUUUUGACAUUCAAUGUAAAAGCUGGACGAGACGCUUUAAUAAUUUUUUCUCCAACAAACCAGCCAAACAAGACUGAGAAAGUUUUUGAAGUAGUCUUAGGUGGUUAUAGGAAUACUCGUUCAAUGAUUCGGAUAACUCCAACGGGAGGUGAAGUGACUACACGCAAUGAGACCGAUAUAUUAUCUCCGGAAAAAUGGCGUAAAUUCUGGAUUCGAAUUAACUCGAAUGGAUCAUUAAUUGAGGUGGGAAAACACGGAAGGCCUGCUUUCAUGUCUGUUAAAAAUCAGUCUAGGCCAAUUAAGUACUACGGAUUCGCUAGUUGGAUAGAUAAGAAUCCUGUUAACUGGACUUUUUCGUGUAUCCAGAACAACAAAACAGAUCAAUGCCACCCAACGAGUUUAACAACGACGAAAUACGACUACCAAUUGUUCCCAAUCGACUACCUCGUAAAAAAUGAACAUGGAAUACUACUAAAUUUCAGCGUAAAAGCUGAACGAGACGCUCAUAUUCUUUUAUCUUCAACAAAUCAAACAGUCUCGAGAGGUCAGAAUGAUUAUGAAAUAGUUUUGGGAUCACAUAGAAAUACGAAAUCGGAAAUUCGACCAUCGACGAAUGAAAGUAACGAAAAAGAUAUCGUAACUUUGAAAGAAUGGCGUACAUUCUGGAUUCGAGUUUCGUCCGAUGGAUUAAUCGAAGUAGGAAAGAAUGGAAAUAAAUCUUCAUUCAUGUCGUGGAACGCUACCGGUGGCACGAAUUUUACCCAUUUUGGAUUCGCUAGUUGGAAUGGCAAUACUGUGAACUGGAUGAUCCAUUGUAGUCAGAUUCGGGAUGAUAAAAAUAAAACCAAAAAUGACAAGAUCCUCGCAAAAGAUUUGUUGACGAACUAUUCUCGAUCUACGCCUCCAAAUGGUAAUGGAACAUUUCUGGAUCAAGCAAAUAUUACAAUCGUAAUCCAAAAUUCCACUUUCUCGGACCCUGAAUCUGUCGAGAUAAACGGAUUAGCAAAAAUAACGUGAAAAGACAAUCGCUUGGCAUGGGUACCAAAAUUAUACAACAAUCUCUCGACUUGGAACAUGGAUUAUGGAUUAGUAUGGACACCUGAUAUAACCAUUAAAAACAACCAAUUAGCCAACAAUAUUUCAUUGGCAUCUGGCAAUGUAACGAUUUCAUAUAACGGACGCGUAUCAUGGACUACUCCUUUGCAUAUAAAAAUAUCAUGCCUUCCGAAGGGAAAAAAUUGGAAAAAAUCACAAUUAACAUGCAAGAUUAAUUCUACGUAUAUUGCAUCUCAUGUCGACUUGAAAAUUUCACAACAUUAUACUUCAACAAACAACGAAACAGCUCCAUUUUUCUUCAAUAAAAGUCAGAAUUUGCAGAAUAGAGAACCUGAUUUCACCGUAGACCUAAUCUAUGAAAACCAGAUUACCAAAAAUCUCUCUGCGUGUAAACAAAUAACGACCAAUAGCUACGAUUAUAAAUUUUAUCCAAUCAACGGUCUGAAAAAUGCAAGCGGAGUUUACUUGAAUUUUUUCGUAAAAGGAGAAAAUAAUGCUCACAUCAUCUUCUCUUCCAACAAUAAAUCGGUUAGAACGGGUGAAAAAGUCUACGAAAUAGUUUUGGGAGCUUAUGAAAAUACACGUUCGGUAAUCCGGUUAUCUCCAACGGGAGACAAUCUUUACAAACAUGAAGUGAGCAAUAUCAUAUCACCCGAUGAAUGGCGUCAAUUCUGGAUUCGAAUCAGGUCAAAUGGGUUAAUCGAAGUUGGAGAAAAUGGAGGUUCCGAAUUCAUGCGUUUGGAAACAGAUUUGAUACCAAUUGAGUACUUCGGAUUUGCUAGUUGGAAAAAUGGUAACAUUGUGAAUUGGGUUUUCCAGUGUCCCGAAUAACGACGCCAGUAUAUAAAUUUCACUGGGAUGAUUCGAGACGAGAAAUAUCGUCAUGGAUUACGAACAAAUUUCAAGUAUUUGCAUUAAUUUAAUUUUUUUUAAAAUAAGACAUAUUGUUAACUCUUUCUGUGAUAUUUUGAUCCUAAGUGAAAAUAAAAAGAAUUUAUAACACUA